AACUUAUAUUCUUUACAAGUAAUUUGUUUUGAAAUCACAAUACACGUGCGGUGAUAUUCUAUAUUUUUCAUACUUCAUAGUUCCUUGAAAGCAAUGGGUCGAAAGAUUAAAAGUAAGAAAAAUGUACAGCAACUUGAGAUUGUGCCAAAGGACGAAAAUCUCCCACUUCCACCCCAAAGAACUUCAGAAGAUGUAGUGCCCAAGAGAGAAAAAUGGAUCAAUAAGCAACGUGUAUUGGUAUUCGCUGCAAGAGGAAUAAAUCAUCGAGAUCGUCAUUUGUUGCGUGAUAUAAAAAGUUUAAUGCCUCACCAUCGACCUGAAUCUAAAAUGGAACGUUCUAAAACACUUUCUGUUAUUAAUGAGAUGUGUGAAAUGAAGCACUGCAAUAAAACAAUACUUUUUGAAGGCAGACGUAAACGCGAUUUAUAUAUGUGGAUGGCUAGUGCGUCAGUAGGACCUUCAGCAAAGUUUCUUAUAGAAAAUAUUCACACAAUGGCAGAACUGAAAAUGACAGGCAAUUGUUUGCGUGGCUCGAGGCCACUUUUAUCGUUUGACGCUAAGUUCGACGAAGUUCCGUAUUUAAAGUUGUUAAAAGAGUUAUUUACUCAAACAUUCGGUGUGCCUAAUCAUCAUCCAAAAAGUCAGCCAUUUAUUGAUCACGUCUAUACUUUUACUUAUUUGGAUCAUCGUAUAUGGUUCCGAAACUUUCAAAUUCUCUCAGAAGACGGUGGUUUGGCAGAAAUCGGACCAAGGUUUGUAAUGAAUCCUGUUAAAAUAUUUGAAGGAUCAUUUACAGGCAAGGCGAUUUGGGAAAAUCCAAAUUAUGUAAGUCCAUCGCGUCAACGACAAAUGUUAAAGAAAGCUGCUAAGGAGAGAUAUGUAAACCGUGUAGAGCAGAAAGUACAGCAAGAAGUUAAUAGGCCGACGGAAGCUUAUGAAGGCUUGGAGUAUGAAGAGUUAUUUGAAAAUGAAGAUGCGAUAACCACAGCUAAAUUAUUAGCUGAAAAAGCUAAGAGAAAAGCAAUUGUUGACCCCAGCAAAGAAAAGUCAUCUAAAGCUGCAUUGACGAAGAAAAUCAAAGAAAAACAAUUGAAGGCAGCUGUUGAACUUAUUGCGAAAAAGAAAACAAAGGUUUUGAAGAAAAAAUAAUUAAAUAGAUAUCUAUAUUUUUAUGUGUAUACGAUAAUAAAACAUUGAUUAUUAUUAAAAAAUGUAGUUUUGUACGAAUGAGUUAUACACGCUUAUUAUCUUUUGUUCAAAGAUAUUUUUAUAAUACAUAUGAAUUUUGUGCGUAUGGAAUAUUAAAACAUUUAACAAUAGAAUAAUGUAGUACAUUAACUUUUGAAUGUUUCUUAUUUUGAUGGCAUACCUACAUAUGCAUAUAUGAAUCGUUUUAGGAGCUAGGGUAUGUAUUCAUAUCGUUUUAUUAAGGUUUUCAUCUUAUUUAAAUAGUAUUUCAGUUAACUAAACUGGACAACGUACAAAAAUACAGAAAAAAUUUUAAGUUUAU